UAGUCACUGGGGGAGACUGCACCCGCCUUUUUUCCUUAGCUUCGUCGCUCUCUCUCCCUCCAUGUGACUCACCUCCUUCCUCCUCCUCUAGCCCCGAUCCAUCUAUCCUCCCUCUUCUCUCUCUUCUCUCCCUCUCUCCCCAUGUCUAUAUAAAUGGGUGAAUCUCUCAUUUGUUCAUUUUCUUUGUUGGGUAUCCCAGCUUGAUGAUCAGACACCCUGUCAGACACAGAGAAUCGCUCUCUAGCUCAGCUCUAGCACACUUUCCUCCCUCUGCUGGACCAAAUCUUGGAAAUGGGCAGCCUGUGUUCUUGAAAAUCCAUUUUACAGAGAGAGAGAGAGAGAGAGAGAGAGAGAGAGAGGGAGAGGAGGAAGCAGAGAUGAGAGCUUUCUUGGUCUUGCUCUUCUUGGGUCUCUCAUGGGCUCCUCUGAGCUCCGCUUCACCUUCGAGUCCGAAAGAUGGGAAUUCCGGAAAGGAUCCUCUCAAGUUGAUCUUGGGGGGAGAGAAUUUGGGGCCACUGAAGAAUGGGAUCUCGGAGCCUUCUGCACAAGCUCCAGGACCCAUGGCAGAUGAUCAAAACAGCACCAUUCUGUUGGCGGCCAAGAGAACAAACAGGCCCGACAUUCUUCAUGGAUUCAGGCGGUAUCGUAAUGGUUGGAAUAUCACCGAUCAGCACUAUUGGGCUUCUGUUGGAUUUACGGGUACAUUUGCUUUUGUGCUUGCGGUCCUAUGGUUCGUUUUGUUUGGGUUGGCUCUUAUGUUCCAUUACUGCUGUGGAUGGAGAUUGAACAUCAAAGACAGAGAUCUUCACCAUUCUCGGAGGAUAUGCCUUAUAAUGCUCAUAGUCUUCACAUGUGCUGCCUCGGUCGGGUGCAUUCUUCUUUCUGUUGGACAGGAUGAUUUUCAUGGGGAGGUCCUCCACACCCUGAAGUAUGUUGUGAACCAGUCGGAUUACACUGUCCAAACCCUGCGCAACGUGACCGACUAUUUAUCUCUUGCAAAGAACAUCAGCGUGGCUCAGAUUUUUCUUCCUUCUAAUGUUAUGAACGACAUCGACAAGUUGAAUGUGGACCUCAACUCAGCAGCAGAUACUCUGAUGGAGAAGACCAGUGAAAACUCUGCCAAAAUAAGAAAAGUUUUCAAUGCAGUGCGAUCGGCAUUAAUUACAGUUGCUGCAGUCAUGCUUCUCCUGGCCUUGGUUGGACUCUUGCUUUCAAUCCUUGGGCAUCGUAAUGCAAUACUUAUAUUUGUUGUCAGUGGAUGGUUACUUGUUGCUGUCACUUUUGUCCUCUGUGGAGUGUUUGUGAUCUUCAACAAUACAAUUGCCGAUACGUGUUUGGCAAUGCAAGAAUGGGUGGAGAACCCUCAUGCCGAAUCAGCCCUCAGCAACAUCUUGCCAUGUGUCGAUCAGAAAACCACAAACCAGACCCUCGUACAAAGUAAACAAGUCAUCAACGACAUGGUCAAUGUGGUCAACCAGUUCAUAUAUACCUAUGCGAACACAUACCCUUCAAAGGAUAGUCAUUACUAUUACAACCAGUCGGGUCCUAUGAUGCCUGCUCUCUGCUACCCCUUUGACUCUGAGUUGCGGGAUCGCCAAUGCGGGCCUCAAGAAGUUUCCAUAGCAAAUGCUUCUCUGGUAUGGCAAAAUUACACGUGCGAGGUCUCGCCCUUUGGUCUGUGCAUAACAGAGGGAAGAGUGACCCCGGAAAUAUACACCCAGUUGGUCGGUGCGGUGAACGAGAGCUAUGCCCUCGAGCACUACACACCACCCUUGCUCAGCCUUCAGAACUGCAACUUUGUCAGGGACACUUUCCAGGAUAUCACUUCAAACUACUGCCCCCCACUCCAGCGCUACCUUAGGAUUGUAAAUGCGGGAUUGGGCCUGAUCUCGAUUGGGGUCUUGCUCUGUUUGCUUCUUUGGACUUUCUAUGCGAACCGCCCCCAAAGGGAGGAAGUGUUUGCAAAGAUGAGAUUGUCUUUGCCUACAAAGGGCUGUGAUGGUUCCAAGAGUAGGCAUAAGAGCUGCGGUAAUGGUGAUCAGAAUGGACCAUCUACUGCUGAUACUGCUGUUUAGUUUAGUUUAGUUUAGUUUCAGAUUUAUGUUAGAGGUAGAAGUCUUACUGAGGGACACCACAAGGAUUUUCUUCUUUGUUCCGGUUUGGGAGAUCCCUCUAUCCUCUCAAAAGGGGAAGAAACCAAGUGAGGCGAAGCGUCACUUUGAGUUUGGUGGAGAAGCAAUAUACGGCCAUUUUCGUAUGAUCUUUCUUGUCAGCAACAUGCAUAGUGAGAAAGCAAAUCGAUUGUUUGAUGGAAGGUUUAACUGUUCCGUGUUGAAGGAUCAAAUCCUGCUAUAGACAAGCUGAAAGCUAUAGCAAAUGGAUGUUGCCUUCUUAUAUCGUGUUACAUACCAGGCGGCUGAAACAGGGUGCGAAAGGUAAGAUGUCAGGGGGAAAGCUAAGUUUUUGAGAUGGUAGGAGUUCCUACUGGAGAGUUAACAUUUCUUAGGCGGGCAUCAUCUGAUGCCCCAGCUAAUCGUAAUGCCAAAAACUCUCCAGUAGAACUGCAAGUGUGGAUGUAUUUUCAUUUCUGAAAUGCUUUAUGACUAGUUCUGAAUGCAACCGGGUGCAAUGUAAUAUCGCCCAGGAUCAGCAACUGAUAACUUUUGCCCCAA